GCAGUCGCCUACGUGUGGGAGAGGCGCCAUCUACCGGCUAUGCGCUCUAUCCAGCUGUGCCGUUUGCAGAGCAUCAAGUCACGGCUUUUGCCAGAUUUAGAGAGCCGUCUCGUGUCCAGAGUGACAUAAGAGAUAAUGGUCCGACAUGGAAUAUUCCGACUGGUCCGCAUUAUGCUCCUUCCGCGCCCAACGAAAGAACUCGAAAGUUGAGAAUUCAGUUGAGACCGAAUGUGUAUCUUCCACCUGGCGAAACACCGCCGCAAUAUCUACCUCAAUCAGCGCCACAAAAUUUGCAGGGAUUUGGACUGGAUUAUCCGGGUUGGUCACCUUUCCGCCCAAAACCUGAUCCUGUACUUUCGAGAUACGCCUAUGGGUGUGGUCCCGCACCUGUGAUCCCGUUCACUCGCAUGAGUCGACCCCCGCAGACAAGAUACUCGAUCGGCUCCGUGAUCAAAUAUUUCUGCGCCUCCGG